GAGGGUCCACGUAAGACGAGAAAGACAGAUGUAGUUACAACCCGGCGCAUGUUAGCGGGAAUAAACUCAUAGAUUGGAACGAAGAGAGGGGCGGAAAUCUCAAAGAGACACUGCAACUCUUCUCGGUUUUCUCUUUUGCUUAUAUCUCUGAUAACAAACAUCUCUUCUCUAUCUAUUAGUUCCUCUUCUCCGUUGUUUUUCUCUCUCAUUCCAUUUCCAUUCUCUCACUCUCUCCCAUGGACUCCUCCGCUGCCAUUCGAUCCUUUCACUAUCCCGUAGGAACUAUGUCCCAUAUGCGACCCUCCCUUGAGAAGCUUGCUGUAGUUCCCAUCCAUAAUGUCAGAUGGAACUCUAAAAGUAGACUUUUCAUUCAGCAUUUGGCAAAUGGCGAGAAGCACAUUAAUUCUCACAUGAAGGGGAAGAACACAAUAGUGUCAUGUGCUAAAACAGCUGAAGCUAUCAACACAACCAAGUCUGAUGCUUCUUCAGAUAGUGCUAUAAAAGGGUCAUUGGAGAAAAAGCCUUUGCAGAGUGCUACUUUUCCUAAUGGAUUUGAGGCUUUGGUAUUAGAGGUCUGUGAUGAGACUGAAAUUGCUGAACUGAAAGUAAAGGUUGGAGACUUUGAAAUGCAUAUUAAGCGAAACAUUGGAGCAACAAAUGCUCCUUUGUCCAACAUUUCACCAACUACACCACCACCUAUUCCAAGUAAACCUAUGGAUGAAUCAGCAUCUGGUAGCCUACAACCAUCGCCACCAAAAUCAUCACCAGAAAAGACCAACCCAUUUGCAAAUCUUCCAAAAGAGAGGUCAUCAAAAUUGGCAGCAUUGGAGGCUUCCGGUACCAAUAACUAUGUCUUAGUAUCAUCUCCCACAGUUGGCUUAUUCCGAAGAGGUAGAACAGUGAAAGGGAAGAAGCAACCUCCUAUCUGUAAAGAGGGUGAUGUUAUCAAAGAAAGCCAAGUCAUAGGGUAUUUGGAUCAGUUUGGCACUGGACUUCCUGUUAAGGCUGAUGUGGCUGGAGAAGUGUUGAAGCUACUUGUUGACGAUGGAGAGCCUGUUGGUUAUGGAGACCCUCUUAUUGCCGUCUUGCCGUCAUUUCAUGACGUCAAGUGAGCUAGCCUUUUCCUGUUGAUUAAUCACGCGGCAUUUAUUUAUUGGGGAGCUGUAGGCAUAUUGGCAAAAGUUUUUAAUAGGUUUCAAAUAAUUAUUUGUGACUACAUAUUGGGUAAAGGGAUUACGUGAUGAAAAUCAUACUUUGUACACCAAUUGCUUAUAUUGUAUUGGAUAAGCUAUUCUAAGACUACCUUAUUAGUAAUUAUGUAUCGUAGUAAAUGUACGCAAACCAAAGGCUUUACGUACACUGAACCUACUGAUCUCAGUUGCUGGAGUUUGAUUGCUUGCUUUUUUUAUUUUUUCCCCCAAAAAAUAAGUAUAAAACUUGUUUUCAAGAUUUGGGACCAGAAAUAGAGGCACUGCGGUGGUAGAAUAUAUGGAAAUGUUGUAUUCCCAACAAAUUUCUUAUCUAAUCACUACUUGUCAACGGAUUUAUAGCACUGCCAGUUUCCAAUCAUUGCUUAUUAAUGGUAAGGGCAGAUUGUGAUGGAUUUUGUUUUACGCAAACCAUGAGAAAGUAAGGAACAAUUCUCGUAUAGAACAAGAGGGCUUUUGGAAAUCCGUCUGUCCUGCCUU